AUCUGUGCACGCUCGUCAGUUACCAAGGAGCAAGAAGGCAAGGGCCUGCUCGCGGGGGUCUGCGCGGGGCGACCGGGCGAGGGGCGGCUUGGCGUGGUGCCUGUGCGAGGAGAAGAUGCAGGAGGCGUCGUCCCCUCUCCCGGCGCUAAGCAACGGCUACCAGCCGCUCCCGUCGCUCUACCUGGGCUUCCUCGCCAUAUGGGCGGCCUCCGGCUUCUCCUGGGCGUUCAGCUCCUGGCGGAACCGCCAUUUCCAGGUGAAUAACCUUCAAUGGAUCCUGGCCCUGGUCCCACUGAUCAAGGCGCUCCAGAUGGCACUCUCAUUCCUGUUCUGGUACUCGUGCGUGCACCUCCAGACGUGCUCGCUGUGGAUGUCGUUCGGCGCGUACGUGACGGGGAUCCUCUUCCAGACGGCCUCCUUCGUCUCCUUCAUGCUCAUCUCGCACGGCUAUUGCAUCAUGUGCGAGCGCCUAUCCAUCCGGGAGAGGCGAACCACCGCCGUUCUGGGGUGCCUGCUCUACCUGAGCCUCAUCGGCUACAAGGCUGCGGUCCCUUAUUUCACAAUCUUUCUGCUGAUCAACUACUUCGCGUCAUUUUACAUCAUAUUCCGGCGCACAUCGCAGAACCUGAUAGUUCUGCAGGAGCAGCUCAGCUUCAUAGAGGAGGAGGACAUCCAUUCACUGCACGGCGCUCUGAACACAAAGUACACAAUGUUCAAGAGAUUUCAGGGCACGAUGCAGGUGGCCGCAGUGGCAUUCAUCAUGGUGUACAUGAGGGCUGAUGACACACCGGAUAACUACUGGUUUCGCGUGUUAGUGCGCGAGUGGGUGCAGUUCUGCAUCUUCAUGUACAUUGGGUGGAACUUCAGAAUCCCUGAAGCAUCGCUUCAUCUGCCGGUCAUACCCCUUAUGAAAUCAGCAUGGGAGAUCGCCAUGCCUCCUAUUUACAGUGUGGAGAUGGACGCAGCCGAUUUCAAAGGCCUCGUCUCGGAUCAAUGGCACGUCGGAGUGAGGACUGGUUCAGGUUGUUCUGCCCAGCCGCUACUGGUGCUGGUUCAGAACCCUAGCCCUUCACCUUCCGCAAGAGCCUCAAAGUUUCAGUUGGACAGGGAGAACCAGGUGUAGUUCUGAAACCGAGAUGUCCUUCCAUAAAGGUUCUGAAACCGAGAUGCAGAAGAUCACUUCGACCAAUUAACAGAAUACAAAGCUGACACAAAACAGCUGAGUUGGACAGUGAAAUACUUGAUAGUAUUUCUUGGGGAAGAAUUGACAAUUUCCAUGGGCGAACAGUCAGAGACCUUCAACAAUGAACAUCCUUUUGUCAUCUUAGAACUCUUUUUUUCCCGGUUCGAAAUACAGGAAAAUGUACAUAUACAGAAAUGGAGAACAUAUGGUUUAGGCUAGAUCAAAAGCAAUCUUAUGUGCCAGAGUAUUAGUGCACGACAGAUCGCCAGGAAGGAGGAUGUUCCUGGAAAUUAUAGCUGGAAUGCGUUUCUAGUUUGUCAAUGCGAAACUAGAGACUGGAAAUUGUGUCUGUACAAACGAAUGGAAUUUGUUUUCUUGCGGCAAUAUGGCCAAAAUCAGUUAGAACUACACAUGGCCUAUUUCAAUA